CUUUUUACUGUUGUACAUACUGGUGACUGCUGGGGGCUACGUGGAAGUACCCUGUGUGUUUGUUGCUAGUUUGACCCAGUAGAAGUUGCGGCAGGUUGCUCGGUGACAGGAUGAAACUUUAAUCAAAAAUUAAACGGGGAAAACCUGCUGCAGCUGACGCCAUCAUGGCUGUGAAGGCUCAGGUUCUGUAUGACUUCACAGCUGAACCAGGAAACAAUGAGUUGUCGGUCAGAGAGGGAGAGACGGUCACGGUGCUUGACCAGACUGUGGGUGGAGGGUGGAUCGCAGCCCAGAACUCCGGUGGACAAACUGGGCUCGUGCCUGAGGGAUAUAUACAGGUGAUCAGGGUCAGUAACGUCAGUGGUGGUGAAUGGGGCGAGGACUCCUGGGGAGGGGGCGGAUCCUAUACCAGAAACACUACAGAAGGACAGAAUAGUCAGGGACACACUAACACACAGCAAGCUUAUGAUGACGACGAUGAUGAGUGGGACGACAACUGGGACGACCAAUCAGUGAGUGGUUAUCGUGAUAGCAAUCAGGUAGACGAGGAAGGCGGAGCUUCAGGACGGCUAGCCCACGGGUCCACUAUGAAGAUCUCACUAAACAAGUUUCCGUUCUCCAAAGGUCCAAACCCCGAAGUUUUCUUGUUGGCCAAACCGCCGACUAACAGCAGAGAUCGGCUUCCUGUCUAUAUGGGAGAGGUGGGUGCAGUCUGGUUGUACCCAUCGUCUCCUGUGGACUGUGUGAUCACCGAUCCGAAGAAAGAAUCUAAACUGUACGGACUGAAGAGCUUCAUUGAGUACCAGCUCACACCCAAUUCGACCAACAGACCUGUCAACCAUCGAUACAAACACUUUGAUUGGCUGUACGAGCGUCUUCUGGAGAAGUUUGGCUCAGCGCUGCCCAUCCCCUCACUGCCUGACAAACAGGUCACAGGCAGGUUUGAGGAGGACUUCAUCCGGAGCAGGAUGGAGCGUCUGCAAGCCUGGAUGUCUCGGCUGUGUCGCCACCCGGUCGUCUCUCAGAGCGACGUCUUCCAGCUCUUCCUCACCUACAGAGACGAAAAGGAGUGGAAAAUGGGGAAAAGAAAGGCGGAGAAAGACGAGAUGGUGGGACCGAUGAUGUUCAGUCUGGUUGAACCUGAAGGUCCAGAGCUUGAUGCUGCUGAGGUUGAACGGAGGUGUGAACAGUACAGCCGGUUCACAAAGCUGAUGGACGAUGGUGUCAGAGAGCUGCUGAACGUUGGACACACACACUGGAAACGCUGCACUGGUCCACUGCCUAAGGAGUACAAGCGGAUUGGUCAAGCCUUCGGAAACCUGUCGACUGUUUUCAACAGCAGCAAAUAUCCUGGGGAGGAGACACUAACAGAAGCCCUGACCGCUGCUGGAAAAACCUAUGAGGAGAUCGCUCAGAUUGUCGCACAGCAGCCUCAGGAGGACCUCCACUUCCUGUUGGAGACUAACAGCGAGUACAAAAGUCUGUUGGGAUGUUUCCCAGAAAUCAUUGCUGUACACAAGGCUGCAGUAGAGAAAGUGAAAGAAGCCGAUCGUCUGGUUUCCGCGGGAAAAAUCAACAACAACGACAGGAAGUGCAUGAACCAACGUAUCAGCUGCAUGAGCUACUCACUGCAGGCUGAGAUGAAUCAUUUCCAUAGCAACCGUAUCUAUGACUACAACAGGGUGAUGCAGCUUUACCUGGAGCGACAGGUGACCUUCUACCAACAAAUUGCUGAUAAGCUGAGAGCAGCCCUGAACCAAUUCUCCACGCUGUGAGGAUGACGUCGCAGAUGACAUCACAGCAUGAUGACAUCACCACUGUUACACUUAGAAAGUUUUUCAAGCCACAUUUUUAUGUAAGACUUAACUUUAAAACAUUGAUUCUUGAUAAGACACUAUUCUCUUUCUUACAGUCUGAUAUUUAAAGACAUUUUUCAUUUUUUAACUGGAUUUUACACAUUAAGUUUGUCUUGCUACUGCUUCACUUUGGCCUAUUUCUAAUGAUUUA